UGUUCGUUAGUGAGACGUCUGGGUCUACAUUUCAUCCACCUGCUGUCGGAAGUCAGGUUCGCAACAUGACGGCACUACUGAGGCAUGCUGAUGUGACGCUGUGGCACUCUCUGGUCACGCUGCUGCUCCUUGUGGCGUCGAGCAGCAGUAGCGAUCCCAGUGAGGGAAACAGGACAGCUGUAGAGAGUCGCGGGACGACGACUCCCAUCUGGUGGCCGUUUGUGGAAUGUUUCUUCCUUGCCGAUGUGAACAAGUGCCUGCAGGACCAAACUGUGCGAGCAUUCGUUGGGCUAGACCGGAAGGACGAUGUAUACAUCGAUACCGAGAAGGAAACCGUGAAACUACCAGGAGAGAAUGAAGAGGGAAUCUUCGAAGUGCUUGGGGAUCUCGUUAGUGACGGAUUGUCGAAGUUUUUCCAGGACGAUAAGAAAGGUGAAGAAGAAGACGACGACGACGAUGAUGAUGAUGAUGAGGAGGAGGAGGAGGAUGAGGAGGAUGAUGAUGAUGAUGAGGAGGAAGAUACAGAUGAAAUCCAACCAGCAGAAAACGGUGAUAGCAACAAACUUAGUCAUGAAAAUAAUAGGACACUAGCUGUAGCUGGGAAUAUACAAAGAAGCAUGGAAACAGGUCGUGGAAAGAAGAAGAAAAAGAAGAAGAUGAUUAAAAAAGCUAUUAUUAAACUGAUAAUCUUGAUUGUACUCUUAAAAAUAAAAUUUUUAAAAUCUCUCUACGUGUUCGGCAAAUUCCUGCAGUUUAAGUUGGUGCUUCUCAUAACAAUUAACACAAUUAUAAACGUUAUACGGUUCAUCAUGGAAUGGAAGAAGAAAAAGGAACCUGAAAAUGUCGUGUACUCGUACGAACAGGCACAUCAUCAACAUCACUAUGACGAGCACCACCACGUCGAUCCCAUUCACCAGGACGAAGAUAAAGGAUGGCUGGGUGGACUAUGGUCCAGAGCCGGCACUCACGACGGGGGCCGGUCUAUCAGUCCGGCCGAAUAUGCGCAUGAUAUAGCAUAUUCCGCGCAGAAACCAUCACAGAAUUACGCAUAUAGUGCGCAGAAAGCUUCUCAAGUUCCAGCACGCUAUGCGCAGGCGUCGACACAAGGUCCAGCACGCUAUGCGCAGGAAUCAACACAAGAUCCAGCACGCUAUGCACAGAAAUCAGUGCAAAUUGAAGCAAACUAUGAGAAUAAACCUUCGCAACAAGUAGCAUAUUACUCCUACGUUCAAAAUCCAAAUUUCAAUGCCCAAAGAUCAUUGUAACGGAAUGACGUUAUUACAUUCGAAAAUAUGUUACUUUUUGAAACUAAAAUUAUCAUAUAUUAUAUUAGGCCUCUCUGUGCCAUAAUAAACAACUGUAGUCCUAGAUUGAGGCUCACUGUUUGCAGAGACACUUUAAUAUAUUUCGCAAAGAAAGGGGCUGCAGUGACUUAUAUUCGGCUCACUUCCUAGGCAAUCCAGCAAUAAGUUAUGGCCGAAAAUAUCUCUGCACUUACAGCGCUCGUAAGCUUAAGAAGAACGAGCCAUCCCCGGAUAAG